AUGAAUUGGUUAAAAGAUCAGCAUAGUCAAGUGGCCAAAGAGAUCUUGGCCCUCAAAGCAGCUUGGACUGCUCUCUCUGGGAUCUGGGCUCAACUUGCCGGCCUUUGUGAAAUGCCCUGGUCUUCUGUCGCGCCUCAACAACUCCCACAGCUUGGAAUUGGCUAG